UGAGACAAGAGCUCAGUUCCAGACUUAACUGCUAGCGAUCACGUGACUAGUGACCUUGACCCCGCCCCACCAUGAGAGAUCUGCCGGUCCUGUUUUGUCUCCUGACAACUGUCCUCGCGUUUGGACUAGUAGAGGCGAACACACCCGAUUACUGUAGACUUGCAGCAGACCCUGGACCUUGCGAGGCCGCUACGACCAGAUACUACUACAACGAUAAAGAAAAGUCAUGCCAGCAAUUUCUCUAUGGAGGGUGUGACGGUAAUGAGAACAACUUCUCUACAGAGUCAGAGUGUCAAGCAGCAUGCGUGUGUACUCAAGGAUCAAGAAAAAUUCGUCGCCUUGGGUGUACAAAACAAGUUUAUUUCCACAAUGUUUACAGCGGCCAUUGCAGACUAUACGGCCAGCGAAAAGGCGGAAAAAACCAUAACGGCUGUAAUGCAAAAGCUAAUCGUUUCGCAAGCGCCGAGGAGUGCAAUUCGGUAUGUGCGACGUCACACUGCUAUCUGAGCCCGAAAAGAGGACCAUGCAAAGCCCGUAACGAACGUUUCUUUUACAACGCACUCAGCGGCAAGUGCCAGAGCUUCAUCUACGGAGGGUGUAAGGGCAAUCGGAACAAGUUCGGGUCAGAGGAGGAAUGUAAUCGAGAAUGCACCAUACCCAUUCAGGGAGGAGAAGACCCGAUUAAUGUCCACCCGAGAUGUCUUCUCCCAAAAUAUGGCGGUUUAUCUGAAUGCGAUAUUAACAGUAUCAGUUAUUAUUACAAUUCCGAGUCCGGUGAAUGCGAAUCUUUCACCUUCAGUGGCUGCAUGGGAAACUCAAACAAUUUUAUGACGAAAGAGUCAUGUACCAAGAGUUGCAUUCUCAAUGAGAUAGGAGAACACCCGUUUAAUGGCCACCCGGACUGUCUUCUACCCAAGUGGAGCGGUCCAUGCAAGGCUCAUAACCCUAGAUUUUAUUACAAUUCCGAAUCAGGUGAAUGCGAGUCUUUCAUUUACAGUGGUUGCCAGGGUAACGAAAACAAUUUCGUGACAAAGGAGUCAUGUAUUAAUAGAUGCAUUCCCUAAAAAAUACGAAGUGAGGCUAAACGAGUGCUACGCGGUUUAUCCCUUCUUUACCAUUAAAAUUAGGGCACGGAAGAGAGCAGAUUUUUAAAAUACCCAUUAGAGGUAUAUUCCGCAAGCUUGACGACCUACUGGCACUUAUGUUCUCUUUUAGAAUCAGUUCUUUUAACUUUAACUUUUACUGAACAUGGAAUGGCACCAUACAGCCAGCAGGGUACCUCGAGGAAAGGAGAGGUAAUGGCCAGGAUAUGUCGAAUCACUAAUUUGACGGACUGAAUUAAACAAUUAACUCGCAUAACGUCAUGAGGAACCAUUGUUUUAAGUCCCCAAGUGUCCCAAGGGAGGAUUUCUUUUUUUUAACUUUUACGGAUCUCUGGAGCGUUAUCAGAUGUCAUAAACAUACUCGUAAUAAGGUCACAUUUCGGAUUGAACAAAAAUUGUAAGCUAAGUUAAUUGUAAUAGGCAGUUGCUGUAUGAGUUUAGUCGUGUUCCUCGAUGAAAGCAUUUGUCUGGAGAAAGUUUGCUCGUUUCUCAUUUUGUUUUAGUUUCGAAUAAACGUUUUAUAUGUAAUCU